AUGUCAGUAAAAACUGUAGGCUUCUCUGGGAAAGUGCAAAUAAUUCCAUUCACAGAGCCACUCCCCAUACGCAUUGACAACAAAACCAUCGUUGCAUCCAUCCUCUACUCCAUCGACACCCCUGUCAACCUGGUAGGAAGAGACUUGUUAUGUCGCCUAAGAGCAACCAUCAUUUGCAACCCUCAUGGUCUGCACCUUCAGAUUCCUGAUGACCAGUGCCUGGAAGCAACAUCCAUGAUGAUACAACACACAGGGAAGAAGGUGAAACGACCACUUGUCUACUGGUUGCGUUUGAAAGGCACAAUGUCUGCUUUGUAUCAACAAUGGAAACAAUGGGAAAAUUUCAUCAGAUCCAAAACGGGUGCGGCCACAGAACCACGCCUGCCAUUACACUGUACACUGAUGUUUGAUGAAAAUCAGAGUCAAAUUGACUAUAGAGCUUGCUGGGAAGAAAUGAUCAACAGAAUGCAGUAUUUCAUCAUCAGCACUACUAUCUACGUGGGACCUCAAGGAGCAGCUGCAGCAGUGAAACUUCCAUCACCACUGCAAGAUUGGUUUCAAGUAUCAGACUCUGUUCCCCAUGUCACAUUGCUCAUCAAAGCACAUCAUGAAUCUCAUGAACUGGGUCCCAUGAUGAAGACGGCUGAGGCAAUUCAGGAAUGGACUGAAACAGAAACACCCCAAGUGCAUGUGUCAGCUGACAAACACUAUCUGAAAAUUUCCAUCCAAGAAUAUGACGACACAGUGGCAGAGGAAGUGCUGUUGGAACCCAGACCAUCCGCUCAAAUGUCAAUGACAGCUGAACAUGUAGGGCUUUUAAACCAGGUUCCUCCACAAGUGUGGUCCAAACACAAGACAGAUGUAGGGCUCAUCAAAUCCGCUCAGCCUAUACGCAUAAACUUGAAGCCAAGAGUACAAUUACCAUACAAAAGACAAUACCCACUUAAACAACAGGCCAUAGAGGGCAUUAGACCCAUCAUCACAGGCCUAAUGGAGGCCGGAGUCUUGAUCAAAACAAGAAGUCCCUGUAAUACUCCAAUUUGCCCCAUUCCAAAACCACAUUCACCAGACUAUCGUUUGGUGCAUGAUCUCAGACCCAUAAAUGCAAUUGUCAUGGAAGAAACACCAGUCGUUCCUGACCCACACACAUUGUUGUCUAACAUUCCACCAGACACCAAGUGGUACACUGUGAUUGAUUUAUGCUCUGCAUAUUUUAGUGUGCCACUCCAUCCAGACUCACAGUAUUUGUUUGCUUUCACAUAUGAGGGACAGCAAUACACUUACACCAGACUUCCACAGGGGUUUCUCCACAGUCCAGCAAUGUUCAACAAAGUGCUGGCUGAAGACAUGCAGCAUCUGAAUGUGCCCAGUACAGUCAUUCAGUACAUGGAUGAUCUGUUGAUUUGUAGUUCUACCAAAGAACAAUGUGAGAAAGAUUCUGUGGAAGUACUAACAGUCUUGGCAAAGGGGGGUCACAAAGUCAGCAAAGACAAACUCCAAUUUUGUCAACCACAGGUAGAAUACCUAGGAAGAUUGUUACAUGGAAACAAGAGACUGAUUGCACCAUCACAGAUUAAAGCAGUAACAACUGCUCCAAAACCUGACACAGUUGGUCAAAUGCUGACCUUUUUGGGGAUGGCAGGAUACAGCAGACCAUGGAUUUGUGACUAUGCACUAAAAACUGCUCCUUUGCGAGCUUUGAUUAAAGUUGCAGGCCAAAUGAAUGGAGCAGCCAAAUUGAGUUGGACAGAAGAUGCGGAAGCUGCCUUUGAAGCUCUCAAAAGUGACAUGCAGUCAGCCCCAGCAUUGGGGAAUCCAAAUUAUGGUAAGCCUUUUCAUCUUUAUGUGGCAGAGAAAUCAGGAUAUGCUACAGCAGUCCUGAUGCAAGACACGCCCACAGGUAAGCAAGCUUUGGCUUACUACAGCACCAAAUUGGAUAACAUUGAAGCAGGACUGCCACCCUGCUAUCAGGGAUUGGCAGCGGCUGCAUUUGCCUUUCAACGAGCCUCAUCUUUGACCAUGGGGCAUCCAGUGAUUCUUUACACAUCUCACCAAUUACAUGCGCUGGUCACAAGUCCGCGUUUUGUUUUGACCCAAGCACGACGCACAGGCUAUGAAGUUAUCCUCGCAGCACCUGAAUUAACUAUCAACAGGUGCAAUUCCAUCAAUCCAGCCACAAAGAUGAUGUUGCCUGAUGAUGACAUCCUAUGUGACUCAGCCUUGUUCAGCCCAGAUGGCAGAAUUGAAAGCGUUAACAGCAGCAUGUCAGUUGGCAUCAGGAAGGCCUUCUCGGCUCCCAUUGCGCACAUUCCUCCGCCGGAUGGGCCAUUCAGACAUCUAAUGAUUGACUACAUAGACAUGACUCAAAGAAUUGGAAAACUGAGGGGUCCCUAUGAGGGGCCAGCGCUUGAGCAACUGGAAGGCGAGCUGCAAAGCUACCUCCAACAUCUGACCCAUAUCCAUAAAGAAACAUUUUCACAGGUGAAAGGAGCCACAGGGGAACGGAACGCUGAAAUCCCAGGAGAAAAGCAGACAAUCAAGCCAGGCGACCUUGUGUACAUCCGUGCCUUCAAGAGAAAAAGUUUGGAACCCCGGCGAGAAGGGCCAUACAAGGUUGUCUUAGCUACCCCCACUGCGCUCAAAGUUGAAGGUAAACCCUUUUGGUACCAUCUUAAUCAUUGCUGCAGAGCAGAAGAUCCAGAAAGAACUCUGGCAGCAUAUAGUAAGCAAGCUCCAACUAACCAGCCAGAAGGGGAUGACGAUGUCACCCCACCAGAACCAGAACAGGACCAAUCUGGGAAUGAUGAGGUCACCCCGCAGGAAAUGGAGCAAGACACCAAAGGGGACGGAGACUCCUCCCCACAGGGAGUUAGGAGAUCACCAAGACUGGCAGCGCUGCAGGGUCGUGAAGGGACGGCAGGCAGCAGCCAUGUCUGUAGCACAUCAACCCCACCCAGAGCCUCCAUUAGUGGUAGUCAUGAGGGUUUUCCUAGUAAUGGGGUUGCCAAACUAUCCACAGAAGACCAUCCAGUUACAGCAGCAGAAAAGAGGAAGGGCAGGAAGGAGAAGAGUAGCAUCAGGUUUCACUUACAGAAGAUCUGCAGCAGCCAAGUUAGCCACACCAUCUGCUCACCCUGCUCCCUGUUUCGUCGGAACCUCAUCCACCAGCCGCACCAGGACCUGGUCUGGGCCUUUACCCUCCAUUACCGACACCAGCCACCAGCAGAACCAACGCCCAGUGGAACCCGAUCCAAUGAGGUAUACGAGCACCAGAGCUGGUUCAACCCCUUAGCUCCACAACCCCAUGCUAUCACAGCUGAGCCGCCUGGACCUACCGGGCUCAACAUGGAAGAUCACAGGGAGCCGAAGGACAACCUAGACACGGAAAGUCUUGCCUCUCUUGCCUCUCCAAUUUCAUUUUGCUCAGCCCCAAGCCAAUCUGCUCCACCAAAUUCCCCUAGUCCUGUCACGAAGGAUAGUAGUUCUCCCCACAUCUCCUCUACCACCCCUAACCUAAUGGAUGAGCCCCAACCCUCCUACAAGAAUGAUGCAGCUUAUGUAACCCAGAAUCGUGCCACCAAGUCAUACAAUGAGUUUCGUUUCUGGGUACCAAAUGCACCAGAGCAGGAGGCAGCUCUGGCAACGUCCAUGACACUUGUGUCAUCACAAAGUCACUAUCAGCGCGAGUGUCGCAUUGAUCAGGAGGUACGUGAGGAGAUUGCCCACUUAAGGAAACAAAUUGAAGAGCUCAAUCAACAAAUUGCAGAGCGUGACCAACAAAAUGCAGAGCUCAACCAACAAAAUGCAGAGCUCAACCGACAAAGUGCAGAGUUCGACCAACAACUCAUAGAGCUCAACCAUGAACAUGCAAUGCUCAGUGAGUGUCUGAGCAUUUACCAACGGCUGAGAGGAUCGUCGAUAGGCAGGUUCAAUACCGUCUACGCAGACUAG